AUCGAUUAUUUGCUUGCCCCAACGAUAACGAUAACGGCGCCCCAGUGUUGCGUAAUGGCCGCUCGCAGUGUUGUUAACAAUUGAAGCGCUUUACAACACAGCCACAGACACAACAAUUUUUUUCGGUCAAGUCAAAAUUUUUCAGGUAUAAUUGGUGAUCUGUGAGUGAUCGCAGCGGGAUCAGAAGGUCCCGGACAUUGGGCAUCUAGGCUGUAGGUCUCUGGCAGCGGAAAACCCAACUGGAAAGCGAUGGAGAGCGAGAAGAUUCUGAUGGCAGCCGGAGUGACGGUGGCCGCCGUGGUGGGAGCCUUCGUUUUUUGGUGUCCCUCGGGCUCCCGGUUGCGCCAACGACGCGGUCAAAUCGCCGGGCUCCACAACUUUGGGCGCACCUGUUUCCUCAACACCCUGCUCCAGGCGAUGGCCGCCUGUCCCCAGUUCAUCGCCUGGCUGCAGUUGUACAACAAUGCCUCGCCGGAUCGCAAGAGCCUGAUCACCUCGAUGCUAAACACCCUGGAGGUGGUCAACGGAACCCAUGCCACCUUGCGCGGCGAUCCCCAUUCCCCGGGCGCCGUUCUGCGUGCACUAAAUGCCCUCGGUUGGGUCAUUCCCCAGGAGGAGCACGACGCCCAUGAGCUGUUUCACGUUCUAUUGUCCUCCCUGGAGGAGGAGGCCAUACGCCCGCAUCCCGUGGGCUGUCUAUCGGAUGCUCUGCCCACGGAUAACGACGAGACCAGCAGCUUUGCGGGCACAGCCACUCCGGUGGGAGGCUUUCGACCGAUUAGCUCAAUGGCAGCAGGUCUGGGAGCCAGCCAGAGGAUCGGGGACCAACCGAACAGACCCUCGAGUGCCAUGCUCACCGAUUUCCUUAAUAUGGAGUACGAUGAGAGCACCAGUUUGCAGCGAUUAGUGCGUUCCGAGGCUCACACACCGGAUUCGCCGGCCUCCGUUUGCGAACGCGAGGGCAACGAUCGCCUGGGAUCACUCCUGGAUGCCGUUUCGCCGGGUACACCCUUUGGCUUCCCGCUGGCCAGUGAGCUGGAGUCCCUGGCCACGCCCACAUUGGGUGGUGAGCGUUUGUCACGGCCGCGGCUUCCACAUCCCCAACAGGAGGAGGGCCUCAAUCGCCGCGUGUCGAGUUCGUGUCGUUCGCUGGAGCGCCUGCAUCGCGGACCCGGCCGUGUGUCCAUCUGGUCAAACAUGAUGCCCAGCCAGGUGGCGCAUCCGUUUCAGGGCGCCAUGGGCGCACAGAUCGUCUGCAAUGGCUGCGGCUCCAAGUCGGCGGUGCGCUACGAUAAGUUCGAUAGCAUCACCUUGAAUCUGCCGCCGCAGCGCAGGACUGGCUUGAGUCUGGGCCACUUGCUCAGCGAUUAUAUCACCUCGGAGGAUCUGAGCGAUGUCAAGUGCGACUCCUGCAAUGAGACGACCACGCACACCAAGUCGGUUACGUUCGCCAAGCUGCCGGCUUGCCUGUGCAUCCAUGUGGCGAGGACGGUGUGGCUGCCAACUGGGCAGGUGUGCAAGCGACAGGACUAUGUGCACUUCCCCGAGAGCCUUUCCAUGGCGCCUUACAGCUUCGUUCAGCCGCAUCUCAACAGCCAGGCUGGCACUCCCUGGGGCUCCACGAUGUCGCUCUAUUCCUCCAGCCUGCCGAUGAACAAUGGAGUGGGUGGCGGCGAGGGCUUCGGCACGAUGUUCCCCAAGAAUCUGUACCGCCUGCUGGCCGUGGUAGUGCACUCGGGCGAGGCGAACAGCGGUCACUUUGUGACCUACAGGCGGGGCUCCCUGCGGAAUGCCCACCGGUGGUUCUACACUUCCGAUACGAUUGUGCGCGAGGUGAGCAUCGAUGAGGUGCUGAGCGUGCCGGCCUAUCUGCUUUUCUACGAUCGCGGCCAGCAAAGACAGCUUAACAUGCGCUAGUCAGCCAGCCAAAGAGCUCGCAUCUUGGGAUCAUCGGGAUCAUCCUAGUCAACACUGCAAUGUGAUGGAAAUCCAAAUCCAAAUCCUUAUUUUCGAACAGUGGCCAUAGCAAGAACACGCGUCACAUUUAUAUAGAUAUAUAUAUAACCUAUAUAUGUACGGGAACCCACGAUCUGAUCUAUACUCGCCGGGUUUAUGUAAUGGUCUCUCAAUAAUGCAUAUUUUCAGCAUAUUGCGAAUUGAAAUCUGCAUCACCCUCACCACACAGAGAACUCGACUCUUCAUUUGUUAUCGAUGCAUUUAAGAUUUUUUAAGAAUUCCAAAUUCGUACCGUGCUUUUAGCUGUCUGUAUUUAGCAAUAUACACACAUAAACUACCAGUAA